AUGCGCCCCCCACCAUUUUUCCAAUCCCUCCUCCGGCAGCCCCGCCGCCCAAUCCAACUCGGAGGAGUCGCACGACCUCGAAACAGCAGCACCUUUCCCCCACCUCCACCACCGCAGUCGUCAGCCAAACUCUCCCGCGCAGAAAAGAUUCUGUCCAGACUGCCACGCCCCUUGCAAAAAUACACCACCUCUUUGCGGUCCGCGCCCACUACGCACGUGGUCGCGUUUUUGAUACUGCAUGAGAUUACUGCCAUUGUGCCUUUGGUUGGGCUGGUUGGGGUGUUUCACUAUGGGAAUUGGCUGCCAGUGGGGUGGUUAGGGGAAAGUGAGACUGUUAAGGAGGGGGUGGGAAUUUUCGAGAGGUAUGCUAGGAGGAAGGGGUGGUUAGAUGAGGGGGAGGGGGGAUCGGAGGGGGAUGAAGGGGAAAAGGGGGGGAUAAUGGAGCAUUGGAGGGAGAAUGGGAGGUAUAAGCUGGUGAUGGAGGUUGGUGUGGCGUGGGCGGUUUGCAAGUUUUUGUUGCCGGUAAGGAUUGGGGUUAGUUUGUGGGGGACGCCUUGGUUGGCCAGGGGGAUUGGGAGGUGGGGGGGGGUUUUCAAGAGGGGGUGUUGA